AUGUCGAAAUCCGGCGGAAAUCAACCCGUCGAUCGGUAUCUAAGACGACAAGUGCUCGGAGAAGGAACAUACGGUGUCGUUUACAAAGCGACAGACACCAAGACUGGCAAAACUGUAGCGGUGAAGAAGAUUAGGUUAGGAAACCAGAAAGAAGGAGUGAAUUUCACGGCGCUCAGAGAGAUCAAGCUGUUGAAAGAGCUCAAUCACCCACACAUCGUCGAGCUCAUCGACGCGUUUCCUCACGACGGAAGCUUGCAUCUCGUUUUCGAGUAUAUGCAGACGGAUUUGGAAGCUGUGAUUCGCGACCGGAACAUCUUCCUCUCCCCUGGAGAUAUCAAGUCUUACAUGUUGAUGACUCUCAAAGGUUUAGCUCAUUGUCACAAGAAAUGGGUUUUACACAGGGAUAUGAAGCCUAAUAAUUUGCUGAUUGGAGAGAAUGGUCUGUUGAAGUUAGCUGAUUUUGGUCUUGCAAGAGUGUUUGGGAGUCCAAAUCGGAGGUUUACUCAUCAGGUAUUUGCUACAUGGUAUAGAGCUCCUGAGCUUCUCUUUGGGAGCAGACAGUACGGAGCAGGAGUUGAUGUUUGGGCUGCAGGAUGUAUCUUCGCCGAGCUAUUACUUCGUCGACCGUUUUUACCGGGCUCCACUGAAAUUGAUCAACUCGGAAAGAUCUUUCAAGCUUUUGGAACUCCAACGCCUUCACAAUGGACUGACAUGAUCUAUCUCCCAGAGUACAUGGAGUUCUCAUACACACAAGCUCCACCGUUACGCACCAUCUUCCCUAUGGCGAGCGAUGACACUUUGGAUCUUUUGGCGAAAAUGUUCACCUACGACCCACGACAAAGGAUCACGAUACAGCAAGCUUUGGACCAUAGGUAUUUCUCGUCUUCUCCAUCACCAACUGAGCCAGGGAAGCUACAGAUUCCGGCUUCGAAAGGAGACGCGCUCGAACCGAAGGGCUCAUCGGAGCAAAACCAACACCGGAGUAGCCCGGCGGUGCUUUCACCUCCGGGGAAAAUUAGGAGAGUGAUGGGUCCUGAGGGGAUUUAG